ACCUCUCACACCAUGCACAUUGUCCUUUGCUUCAGACAGGACUUUUCUUAGAUCCUUACAACAUUUGAAAAAAAAAAGUUCAUCUUUUUUUUUUCCUGCAGAUCUUUUUUUCUCUCCCUCCACCCUUGUGGAUUCCCUCUCAAAACACUUUCCCAGGAACGUAUCUGCUAAAGACUGCAACUUUCCUUUGAGAAAACAGACAAAAUGGCCAUCGGAAUCUUCGGAUUGGUCCCAAUGAGUUCGUCCCCUGACGAACUCAAGAAAGUUCUUCUGACACUAGCGGCGAAAUGGGGAGACGUGGUGGAGGACCUGGAGUCUCUGCAGGUGAAGCCCAUGAAAGGAGCGAUGACGAACGAGGUUUUCAUGGUGAAUUGGCCGACGAAAGAAGGUAACCUCCAUAGAAAGCUUCUGGUUCGGGUCUAUGGCGAAGGGGCUGAGCUCUUCUUCAACAGGGACGACGAGAUUCGAACGUUCGAGUUCGUGUCGAGGCACGGCCACGGUCCCAAGCUUCUCGGCCGAUUCGCCGGCGGCCGAGUCGAGGAGUUCAUCCAUGCCCGGACGUUAUCGGCUAACGAACUGCGUGACCCAGAAAUAUCAGCUCUUCUGGCAUCAAAGUUACGAGAAUUUCACAACCUCGACAUGCCCUGUAACAAAACUGUUCUCCUCUGGGACCGAAUGAGGACAUGGCUUGGGCAAGCAAGGAGUUUAUGCUCGCCUGAGGAUGCGGAGGAGUUUGGUCUGAACAACAUUGAAGACGAGAUCGACUUUCUUGAACAAGACUUGCAGACUGAGUUUCAAGAGAUUGGGUUCUGCCACAAUGACUUGCAGUACGGUAACAUCAUGAUGGACGAAGACACCAAUGCCAUCACCUUGAUAGACUACGAGUAUGCGAGUUAUAACCCGAUCGCAUACGAUAUAGCAAACCACUUCUGCGAAAUGGCUGCGAAUUACCAUACCGAUACUCCUCAUAUCUUGGACUACACUCUCUAUCCAGGGAUAGAGGAACGUAGGAGGUUCAUCUGCAACUAUCUCGGCUCUUCGGAUGAAGAACCCAGAGAAGAAGAGGAAAUACAACAGCUUUUGGAUGAUGUUGAGAAGUACUCUCUUGCAAGCCAUCUCUUCUGGGGCCUUUGGGGAAUCAUCUCUGGGUAUGUGAACAAGAUUGAGUUCGAUUACAUUGAGUACUCGAGGCAGAGGUUCGAUCAGUAUUGGCUCCGAAAGUCUCAGCUCAUGCCUUCAUACUCAUCUCAGAUGUAAUUCCUCAUGUAUUCAAUCCUGUGUUGUAUUGUUCUUCUUUUGAUACAUCUGUUUACAAGCAAUGAUAUAACAAUAUGGAUGAGAUUGUCAAUUACAA